AUGACAUUGCUCUAUUACGGCAGCUCAGACAUGCCUUACAUGCCUGAUAUGCCUACAUACGAGGACUUCGAAUCACUGCCUCCAGCAGUUCGACGAAAGUUCUUCUCGAAUGUCGAGCGUUUGCGCAUUCGGCUAGCCCAGAGCGAUCACAGUUCCCCUGCCUUCUCCACGUCAAACUAUCAGACGGAUAAUCGGGUCUAUCGAAAUCCUCGACUUGGGAAUUCGCGUGGCUUGCGAAACGGUUCGAACAGAAAACGAGCACUGGACAAACGUGCUCCUACCCCCAAAUUAUUACGGAAACCCGGCUCGCUUCAAUUGGCCUACUUGGCUGCCCAGGCCGACUCUCAAUGCUUCCAUGCCCUCCCCGCUAAGAUUCAACAAAAGCUCUUUUCCCCCGAAGAACGUCGGCGUUUAAGAAACGCCUACCGUCAAAGUCUCAUUUACGACGCUGCUGACGAAGCUUAUCGUCGUGAUUCUGCUCGAACCUGUCGUCCUUCUACCGAUAGUCACCCUUCUCGGGCAACUUUACCUGCGCAAUUAUCUACUGUCUUUUAUUCAGACACCGAUUCAGACGACGAGGGAAAUCCAAACAUGGACCAAUCAUUCCAUGAUGAUUUCCGAUGGCUAGACGAGGAUGGGGAUUUGGAUUUAUCUCUCGAUGAGUACCACGCUCAUGUCACGGAUGCUGCCACACGAAAACAAUCCAAAUCCCCUCGAGCCUCAUUCCGCCGCUCCUUAUCCUUUUCCACACAACUCCGACGCAAACGACUAGACACUACCGCAGCUCGUGGGCUUCCCUCCGUCAGCCAAUCUCAACCUAUAACUCCCCUCUCCUCCCGCAAUUUGGACUCGCGCCAAUCAUCCUAUAAGUUCCAACAUGGCCCGAGGUCAUCCACUUCGAGCAUCGACCCCUCUGCACAAUACUAUCAGGACCCGGAUGCCCGUCUGAAAUUACGGGUCUACCUGGCGUCACCACAGAAGUUCGACGAAGCCAUUGAAUUUGGAUUCCCUUCGCUUGACCAAAACGAGAAGGAGAAUGUUGCGCCAACCCCAGAACCCUCACCCAAACCCACUCUUGUCAACUCCGACUUUGGCACUUUCUUCGAAGAUGACGAUGGUACCAUGGUGGGGAGCCCCAGCGGGUCAUUGAAGAAUGAACCAGCCCCUUCGCCUGUGUCCACAUUGCCACGUGACGCCCCCCGACCUUCCGUGGAAUCAUCGCUGCUGCAACGACGCCAAUCUUGGCUUCCGGGGACGAAGGGAGUUCCGCAACGGCUUCCAGGGAACCGUGAGAUGACGCUGAAAAUGACCCUCACUCGUCCUGACCUUCGCACCGACUCGCCCACUCCAUCCAAGGAAGUUGAAGAUCCUUUACGACUGGCGGAGCUCCCGCCUGCGGACCGCAGCCAGUCGAUCUGGGACUCGGACCUGGAUGAGCGAGGCAUGGUCAAAAAGAUGUGGCGCAAGCUCCGACGCCGAGUUUGA